UGCCUGUCACCAGCCCCCGAGAGGGCUGAGCAGCCCAAGCUGAGCCCCCCCAGCUCCCCCUCCAGCCCAUGUCCCCUCUGCCCCCUGUCCCUGUCCCUGCAGGGACACACGGACACACGGACAGACAGACAGACCCCUCCCCAGCCGGACCCCCCCGGGCUGUAACCGCAGCCGCAGCCGUAACCCAACUCCCCGGGUCCUGUUCCCGGCUCCGCUGCGGCUGCGGGGACACGGGGACAGGGCUGGGAACAGCGGGACGGGACGGGACGGCUGAGCUGUCCCCGGGGGGGGACAAACCCUCCAGCACGGCCAUCCCCCCUCCAGGUGCCACGAGGCUGAGGUUGGAGCCACCAUGAAGAGCCUGAGGGCCAAGUUCAAGAAGGGAGACAGCCAGGACUGGACCAAGAACGACGAGAAGCUCCUGCAGGCCGUGGACUACAACGAUGCCGGGCGGGUGACGUCGCUCCUGCUCCGCAAGGGCCUGGUGCCCACCAAGCUGGACUCGGAGGGCAAAUCUGCGUUCCACCUGGCUGCCACGCGGGGGAACGUGGACUGCCUGGAAGCCAUGCUGGCCCACGGCGUGGAUGCCAUGACCAAGGACAGCUCGGGUUCCACUGCCCUGCACUUGGCCUCCAAGCACGGGCACCCUCAGUGUGUCAGCAAACUGCUGCAGGCCUCCUGCCCUGUGGAUGUGGCCGACGGCAGCGGCCGGACCGCGCUGCACCUGGCAGCCGUCAGCGGCUGCAUCUCGUGCUCCGAGAUCCUCUGUGACUUCAAGGCCCCCUUGAACAUCAAGGACAAGGACGGCUCCACCCCGCUGAUCCUGGCUGCCAAGAUGUGCCACUCGGAGCUGUGCCGGUACCUGCUGCACCGCGGGGCCGCCGUCAACAGCCGGGACCUGCAGGGCAGGACAGCCCUGAUGCUGGCCUGUGAGAGCGGCAGCGUGGAGACCGUGGAGGUGCUGGUCAACGCCGGCGCCCGCGUGGCCGUGGUCGAUGCCACGGGCCACGACGCUGCUCACUACAGCCUGGCCACGGGCAACGCCCUCAUCCAGCACUUCCUGCAGGAGGCUGCUCAGCGCCGCUCCUGGGCCAGUGAAGAGGAGUCAACUGAGCAGACAUCCCAGACCUCUUCCCCCAGCCAGUCAUCCGUCAGGGAGAAGAGCAGCACCCCGAGGAAGAGGAAGGCCCCUCUGCCUCCCCUGGGCACCCUCAGCCAGGAGGACCGGGACGCCUACGAGGAGAUCGUGAGGCUGCGGCAGGAACGGGCCCAGUUCCUGCAGAAGAUCCGGGGCUUGGAGCAGCAGGAGAAGCAGCGCCGGGAGAGGGCAGAGCUGGACGAGGGCUCCCUGCGCUCCAUGGAGAAGCAGAUCCAGGAGCUGGAGCAGCAGCUGGCGGCCCGGGAUGGGGAGAAGGAGCGGCUGGGCAAGGAGGUGGAGGCUCUGCGGAGCCGCUUGUCCUCGCUGGAGAACGAGAAGGAGAACACGAGCUACGACAUCGAGACGCUGCAGGACGAGGAGGGAGACCCGCUAGAGUUCCCAGGAGCGGAGCUGCUGCUCUCCAAGAAGACGCUGAGCCCCUCGGCCGAGGAGCUGCUGGCCACGCUGCAGGGGCAGGUGCAGUCCCUCACCGUGCAGAACAAGGAGCUGAGGGACAAAAUACAGGUGCUGGAGAACUACGAGCGGGACGAGAGCAGCGCGCCCACCCCGGGGGACGUGGUGCCCGCCAGCCUCUACCGGGCCCUGCAGCGGGAGCUGGAGCAGCUGCGGGCACAGGGCGCGAGGGGCGAGGCCGGGGGGCGGCUGGAGGGGCAGCGUGGUGCCACCGAGAGAGCCCCGGAGCAAAUCCCGGAGGGAUUCCCGGAGGGAAGUGUGGCUCAGGGGCUUGCCGAGGAGCCGGCCUGGACGUGGGGCGAGUGCAAGGCAGUGCUGGGUGAGCUGGGGGUGCCACAACCACCGCCCUCCUCCUCCUCCUCCUCCUCGGGCGCGGAGCUGGCGGAGGCGCGGGCGGCCCUGCAGCAGGCACAGAAAGCUCUGGACGAGCGAGAGCAGCAGCUGAAGGAUCUGCAGGCCCGACUGGAGGCCGCAGAGGCCGCGGCCUCGCCGGGAGCCUCCGCGGAGGAGGCGUCGAGGGAGAAGGAAGCGCUGCUGGAGCGCUGCGGGCGGGCGGAGGCCGAGGCCGAGGCGCUGCGGCGGGAGCUGGAGGCCAAGGCGCGGCGCGAGCCGGGAGGGCACGAGGAGGCGGCGGAGCUGGCGGAGCUGCGGGAGGCCCUGGCGCGGCAGGAGGCCGAGCUGGGCAGCCUGCGGGAGCAGCUGGCGGCGCGGCCCGUGGGGCGGCGGGAGCACGAGGAGGCCCUGGCGCGGCUGCGGCAGGCGCGGGCCGAGGGCUGGGUGCCGCGGGACGAGCACGCCCGCGCCACGGCCGCGCUGGAGGAGCAGGCGCGGGCGCUGCGGGAGCGGCUGGCGCAGCUGGAGGCGGCGGCCGAGGCCAAGGGGCGCGAGGCCUCCCGGCUGGAGGCCGAGCUGGCGGCGGCCGUGCCGCGCGCCGAGCACGAGGCGGCGGCGGCGGCGCUGCGGGAGGAGGCGGCGGCGCUGGGCCGGCGGCUGGAGGAGCUGGGCCGGCGGCACGAGAGGACGUGCGAGGAGGUGUUCAGGGUGCAGCGGCAGGCGCUGUUCAUGAAGAGCGAGCGCCAGGCGGCCGAGGACGGGCUGGCGGCGGCGCAGAAGCAGCUGGAGGAGGCGCGGGCCGAGGCGCGGCGGCUGCGGGAGCUCCACGGCCACGCCGAGGACGCGGCUCGGCUGGUCAGGGAGAGGGACAGGAAGAUCACGGAGCUCUCCAAGGAGGUUUUCAGGCUGAAGGAAGCCCUGAACGCCCUCCCCAAGCCAGGGGAGCCUCCACAGUCCCCCCCCAACACCGCAGCGCUCCAGGACAGGAUCCGAGCGCUGGAGGAGAAGCUGGAGGAGACAGAGGUGCGGCACAGCAAGGUGGUGACGCUGUACCGGAGCCACCUGCUCUAUGCAGUGCAGGGCCACAUGGACGAGGACGUGCAGAGGCUCCUGUGCCAGAUCCUGAGGAUGCAGCGGCUGCAGGAGCAGAGCAGAUGAGCCCCUGCCAGCACGGCAGUGCCAUGGGGGGCGGUGGCACUGCCAGUGACACGGGGUGGGGACGGGUCUGUCACUGCACCCUCUGUGCCCCUUUGCUUGCCCUGUCACUGGCACCCACCCCCCACACCCACCCGGGCCCCGCUGCCCCCCGACCCAGCACAGCAGCAAUAAAGUAUUUAUAGCCACACCAA